UCUGUCCAACCAAACGGCCGAGCUGAGGCGAGAACCAACCAGGGCUUCAUCGCAGAUGGACGGAGAGAGUUCAACCACAGAUGCCUCCCAACUUGGCAUGACAGGAGAAUAUAUGGCGAGUAGCCAUUUUGUUCUACAUGCUCAGGAUGACGAAGGUGAUGAUGGGCUCAAUGAUCAUGAAGAUGGUAAUGGAAGCAAGGAUAACCUACGGGAGCAAGACAUCUAUCUCCCCAUCGCCAACGUUGCCAGAAUAAUGAAGAAUGCAAUCCCACAAACUGGAAAAAUAGCAAAGGAUGCAAAGGAGUGCGUGCAGGAGUGUGUGAGCGAAUUCAUCAGCUUCAUCACUUCAGAAGCCAGCGAGAGGUGCCAUCAGGAGAAACGCAAGACAAUAAAUGGCGAAGACAUCCUGUUUGCAAUGUCCACGCUGGGUUUUGACAUGUAUGUGGAGCCGCUGAAGCUCUACCUGCAGAAGUUCAGAGAGGCGAUGAAAGGAGAGAAGGGCAUAAGCACUGUAACUGUAACUGAAGGUAUGGGAGAUGAGCUGACUGACGAGUCUUUCGCAAAUCCCUUACCUGCAGGGAUCAUAACAGCUGACGGACAGCAACAAAACGUGAUGGUGUACACCACUGCCUAUCAGCAGAUCCCAGGCGUGCAACAGCUCCAGUUUUCUUGAAGAUAUGCAGAAAUCAACACCUAAUGUUGACAAAUCAAACUUUCACACUUUCACACACAAGUGAUGAUGAUGAUGAACGGUGAGCCUGUUGAAGGUCAUCGGUGGUCUUCUCGUGCUCACAAGUCACAGAGCCGGACAUCUUUGUUUAUUUAGCUUGUUUUGUGUGUGUGCUCUGUGUGUCUGUGCACACACUUUAUGAUUUUAAGGUGACUUGUCUGUUGGGUGUUACUUUUAUUUGUGUUUUCAUCACUCAUUUUAUCCAUUUAACAGAUUACGGUAGAAGGGUCCUGAGGGAAUUUAAGCCCUCGUUAAAGCAAUAAAACAGAUCAAAUGUGAAUCUU